GAAUGUGUCCCUUAAUGAAAAGGCAUUAAAAGUGUACAUUUUUACAUGGAAUGCGGCACCAGAAGAGUGAUAAGUUUGCUAUGUGCUCCCUUUGUUAAAGGUUUUCUCAUCAGUCGUUGUUAGUGGAUAAAAAUAAGUUUAACAGCAGUAAAGAGUUGCUGCUCGCUAACCGGCACAAGCUAGAGAUAAACAAGAUUAAUGUGUUUCUGUGUAAAAUAAUGUUUCCCGGUUUAACUUUGUCAACCAAAGUCAACCAUGCCUUCAAAGAACUGUGCUGCUAGAGUGGCAUCGAACAUCGGGACCACAAAAGACAGACUUUUAAAUGCGAAGGAUGGAUCAUAAUGCUGAAACAGGUCUGGAGACCGACCGACAGACAGUGCCUGUUUUCAUCGAGCCUGCUCCAGCUCAGAGCUAGCGUCCCCCCUCGACUUCCUGUGUGGAUUUCCCUCCUACAUGCUCCACAAGUCAUUUUGUACACGUAGCUGUAGGAAUUGACUGGUUGACAUUGCAGAGACACUGUAUCUCCGAGCCAUGUCCAGGUCCAGUCGGAGGUACAAGCCUCUGCAGCAGAGCAACGGAAGCGGCUCUUUCCCCGGCUGUGACCGGGUGCGGAUACCCCGGGCCCGGGUACUGCUGCUCUGUCUCCUCGCUGUUCUGGUGCUUGCGGUGGUGCUGGGAGUCUACCUGUCCAACGACACCGCCGAUGGACAUGUGAACCGCAUGCCAGCCCCAGAUCUCACCAAAGACAGGUUGUCCCACAAACCCAGUAAGUGCUCUCCAGCUCAGAUCCACCGGCUGGCCUCUCAGGUGGACGGUACUCGCCUGUGGGAGACCCACCUGAGGCCCAUCCUAAUCGAGAGGCUCCCAGGGACACAUGGCAGCCUGGCUGUACAGCAGCACAUCACCUCCACUCUGUCUUCGCUCUCUGCUGGCUGGGCCAUAGACUUAGACUCCUUCCAGUCUUCAACUCCUCGUGGCCAGGUCACGUUCACCAACAUCGUCGCCACUCUGGACCCGACAGCCCCUCGCAGGCUGCUCCUGGCCUGCCACUAUGACUCUAAGGCUCUACCUACAGACCCCCGGGCCCCAGAGAAGGUGUUUCUGGGGGCCAGUGACUCAGCAGUUCCCUGCGCUAUGAUCCUGGAGCUUGCCACCUCUCUGGAUGCCCAUCUUAGAUCAUUCAAACAGCAGAAACUUCCAGUAUCUCUGCAGCUGGUGUUUUUUGAUGGGGAGGAGUCGUUUGAAGAGUGGACCGCCACAGAUUCACUGUAUGGCUCCCGCCACCUGGCCGAGCGCAUGGCCAACACGCCUCACCCCGCGGGCUCCCCGCACACCUCUACGCUUCAAGCUGUGGACCUCUUUGUGCUGCUAGACCUGCUCGGUGGUCCUGAUCCUCUCAUUGCGAAUCACUUUGAUAACACGGCACGCUGGUUCGACCGCCUGAUUGCUGCAGAAAAGAGACUCCAUCGACAGGGUCUUUUGACAUCUCACCCCUCAGAGCAGACGUAUUUUAGGAAGGAUGUGUACCUUGGACCUGUACAGGAUGACCACAUCCCCUUCCUUCACAAAGGUGUCCCGGUGCUACAUGUCAUCACCACUCCUUUCCCACAGUUCUGGCACACACUGGACGACACAGAGGAGAACAUGCACCGUCCGACUGUGGUCAACCUGACCAAGAUCUUGGCUGUGUUCCUGGCAGAGUAUCUGGGCUUCUGAACACCUAACAGUAACAGCUGUUGCAGUGAAGGCCCAUAGCUGAAGACCUGAAGGCUCAUUUUCUUUACCAGGUACUGGAAUACUAGUGCUGUUUGUCACACUGCUGACAAAUAAAUUACUUAACCGACCAGCAUGAAUUGGAUGCACAAAAGAAGAACCCGGUGAGACAGGUACAGUGUACAGGGACACCAGCUAAAACCUAACCAAAGACUCGGCCCUGUUGGGACUGACCAGUCUCCUUGGUUUCAUGUGAAGAAUAAGGUGGAGUUUGCUGUCUAAAUGUGUGGGCAUGUGGACAGAAAGAGUCUUAAUUUAAGCGUAAUUAGUUCUGAAAUAAUGGUACCAGGUGAACAGCUGGGAAAGUCUGUGAAUUUGAUUUAUUUUUUUCUUCAUUCCUGUGGAAAAAAAACAGAUUCAUAGCUGUUAUUUACUCCGUUAAUAUGAUUGAGAUGCACUAAUGUCUUCUUAAAGACAGACUUUGUAAGCAGCUCUCUGAACUGCUGUGAACACUGCUCAUACGGUGACAAUGGUGAACAACAGCCAGGUUGUAUCUGUGAAUAUUUCUGUUACCUUCACUUGAGUGAGGAUCCUCUUGGCCUUACAUCCUGCUGUUAUUAAUUGCUACCUUAUGUUAUAUGGCUAUACUGAACAUUUUGUGUCAGUGCAAUGGUGUGAGUGAAAAUCAAACAACUGUUGUUUCACAUCGGUGCAGUGAAACAUCUGCAAUAAAGUUAAAAUGGUUUUAUUCAGUUUUUCUUUGGAAGUCAUAUACAGAGCAGUGCUGUUACUAGAAAAAAACAGUAACUUAGAAAUAUUUUGAUACCAUAUGGGAAUGUUGUGUUUCAGAAUGAGUGAGAGACCCUCUAACUGUGGAUAUAAUCCCAGGUGUGAACGGGUAUGUUGAAUCUAAUCCAGCCAUGUGAUGCAUCGGUUGUGUUCUGUUUUAAGUUUAAAUGUGCAUUAUCUGUCAUGUUUGCAAAGUAUUUGUAUUACUGACACCAGAAAACUCACAUUCAAGAAAUAGCAAAGCAAAACAAAAUGCUAUACUUAUAGAACAGAAAAUACCAAGACAUUUAAGCCACAAUUUAAACAUUUGAAGGGCAGACUCAAAUGAUGUGACGCAGAGGAGGUGGUGGGUGAAAGAGGGGUGGAGGUGGGCUGCCUGGAGGUGAGCAGUCGUUGUCAGAGGAAGGGUAGACUUCUCCUGAGGGUCCUCCAGGGAAACUGAAUGAAGAGACAAGGGGGAUUGGAAAAAUGUUGAGUAUCUGUUAAUGUCCAGCACAUAAUAUUAACUAUUUCAUCCUGUCUUAAUUUAACCAGAAGAGGGUGCUGUUAUUCUAUGGAAAAGGAAUAAAAUUAGACAU